CAAAUGAUUCAAUAUUGUAUGAAACAAAACGUAUAUCACUUCGUUUAUGUUAUAUAUUUCGUCGUUCAUCAUCAACAAACGAUAUUCUUCUACUAUCAUCAACAACAUCAGUUUCACCGAUAACAACAUCAUCAUCAUCAUCGUUUACAAAUGGUUCUAUAUUAGAUAUUGUUUUACCUUAUGCUCAAACAUGUUACAGUGUACGAUUUGUUGAUGAUAUGCAUGCGAAAAAAUGGUUUCAAAUAAUUCAUUCAAAAAUAUCUCGUUGUCUUUUGGAAAUUUUACCUGAAAUUGAAGAACAUUUUUGUGUUGCACGUAAUGCGAAUGAAGUUAAAGCAUUAGGCUGGUUAACUGAACAAGUUAAUAAUGAAGAAAUGAAAGCUUGGAAACCUGUUUUUCUUGUUUUAACUGAUGCUGAAAUUUGUUUUCUAUGUUGUGCACCUGUAUCAAGACAGACAUGUCGAGAACCAGAUAUUGUUUAUUCAAUUCUAUCAACAAGAAUUGUACAAUCAACACGUGAUGCCACACUUGAUGCUGAUAUCUCAUUAUUAUCUUUACGUGUUGGAACUAAAUUUGGUGUUGUAUCACAUACAUUUCGAGUUGAAACAAAAGCGGAUUUAAAUUAUUGGACUAAAUCAAUUAGUCAAUGUUUACAAAGUGCUGUUGUACGAACCAAAGAAGUUGUUUUUCCUUGUAAAUGGAAUAAUCGAACAUGUAAAUUAUUUUUACAUUAUGAACAUGGUUUUACCUUAUAUAGUGAUCCAACUGAUUCAGUAACAAAUGGUGGAAAUACUACAAAUACUGGUAAUGUUCGUUUACUAUGGCAACAACCAUUUGAAAAACUUCGUUCAUCAGCCGAUGAUAAUGAACAUUUAUUAACAUUAGAUUUUCAUGGUGAAGAAGGAGUUGUAGAAUUAGAUUUUGGUACAUCUCCCAAACCAUUUGUCUUCCAUUUACAUGCAUUUUUAUCCGCUAAAGCAGCACGUAUUGGACUUAUUGGAUAA